UUGGAGAGAGCUGCGGAGGGCGGAGGGAACUCCCACGGAAGCAUCACUCCAGACCCCAAACCUCCAGGGCCUGAGGCCUAGCCAGCAUCCAAUGGAGGACAAGAAGAAGAAAAGGAGUCCUAAGCCCUGCCUGACCCAGCCAGCCCAGCCCCCAGGCACACUACGCAGGGUCCCAGUGCCCACCAGCCACAGUGGCUCCUUGGCCCUGGGACUCCCUCAUCUGCCAUCCCCCAAGCAGCGGGCCAAGUUCAAGAGGGUCGGCAAGGAGAAAUGCCGCCCAGUGCUGGCAGGAGGUGGGGGUGGCUCUGCAGGCACCCCCCUGCAGCACUCGUUCCUGACCGAGGUGACCGACGUCUAUGAGAUGGAAGGCGGGCUGCUGAACCUGCUCAAUGAUUUCCACUCAGGCCGGCUGCAGGCCUUCGAGCUGACAGGUGCUGUCCAGGGAAGGAAUGCUCCUUUGAGCAGUUGGAACACGUGCGGGAGAUGCAGGAGAAGCUGGCCCGGCUGCACUUCAGCCUGGACGUGUGUGGAGAGGAGGAGGAGGAGGAGGAGGAGGAGGAGGAGGACGGGGUCACUGAGGGGCUACCUGAGGAGCAGAAGAAGACGAUGGCUGACCGCAACCUGGACCAGCUGCUUAGCAAUCUGGAAGAUCUAAGUAAUUCUAUGUAUCCUUUCUAGGGGACUUGACAGUGUUUCUAUCAGAAGUAGUGCGUGUGCACGCUCCUGCAUGAUCUAAACCAAAAGCGAAGUGGGUAAGGCACCUAGCAAGAAGGACAGGUGAGGACUACAACCCCAGACCACGGAGCACUCCAGAGUCCCUGGCCCCCGCCCCUUUGCGCAGUCCGGGAAACUGAGCCUGUGCAGGUUGGGAAAAUAGGGCUGCAAGGACCCGGGUCCAGAGCAUCACAAUCCUUGA